AUGUGGUCUCUAUUAAUACUCAUUCAUUUAACGUUUGUUAUCAAAUCUAUUUUUGGCCAAGCUCAGAUUAGACAAAUACCAAGUCACUUCCUUGAAAACUGUGAUCAGGCUCCGACAUUAGCAAUUCGUACGACAUGUUUAAAUCUUCAAAGGAUGGCAAACAAUUCGAGGAGAAAUUUCGCGCAACAACGCCAAAUCAUAAUUCAUCCACCCGGAAUUCCGGAACAUUUGAAACCUGGUAUAGUAAUGCCUGGUUCAAGAGGUCAAGUUGCAAGUAAUCCAUAUGACUGCAUGACACUCACUUGUCUCUGUCCUUAUUUCUCGGGUGGUAUUGAUCCACAAAAUCAAUGUGUGCUACGAAAUGGCCAAAUUAUAACAAUGGCAUACCGUAAGGAAUACCGGAUGCUUACCGAAGAUGAGCGAUUACGGUACCAUAAUGCUCUUAGUGCAUUGAAACGAAGCGGAGAAUAUGAUCGAAUUAGCAUGGAGCAUCAAUCAGUUGCAGCAAGAGGUGGCGCACACUCCGGACCCGCUUUUUUACCGUGGCAUCGUGAGUAUCUCAAAAGAUUUGAAAUUGCACUUCGACUUAUUGAUCCAACAAUUUCCAUACCGUAUUGGGAUUCUGUGCUUGAUAGCCAUUUGCCGAAUCCAGCUGAUUCCAUUUUCUUUAGUCCAUUUUUUAUGGGUGAAACUGAUUUCUUCGGUAACGUCAUCAAUGGUCCAUUUGCAUACUGGAAUACAAUUGAUGGACGAACUGCUAUAAUGAGAAAUCUUGGCCAAGAAGGACAACUUUUCACGGAAUGGAGCAUAGAACAAGUAAUGCGACAAAAUUCAAUCGAAAAUAUUCUCGCAUAUACUGCACCAAUGCAAGGAUGUCCAUAUCCGGUAAAUUAUGGUGCAUUAGAAUAUUCACAUUCUAAUGUCCAUCUUUGGAUAGGUGGUCAUAUGAAGCCACCAGAACAAUCAUCCAAUGAUCCCAUAUUCUUUUCACAUCAUGCAUUUGUUGAUUUUAUUUGGGAAUUAUGGCGACAAAAUGCUCAAUCAAUGUGGUCUCGAGAAAUGGAUUAUCCACCAGAUAUACCAGCAUGUACUGAUCCACAACAUUUCAGUUAUGUAUUAAUGCGUCCAUUUUUUACUCUUUCAAAUCGAGAUGGUUUAUCGAAUAUGUAUACGGAACAAAUGUAUCGAUAUGCGACACGUCCCGGUUGUACCGCAGAAAUACCAACUUGUGGUACACCAUAUCUAUUUUGUGAUACUCGUGGUAUUGCACAUUGUGUUGCUAAAAUUAAAUUAAAUGGUCUAUGUAUUGGUUAUGAAGGUUUUGAUGCUUGUUUCAAUGGAAUAUGUCACAUGGGACGUUGUGUACCUGGUCCAACACCAGCGCCAUUUGUACCACAAACACGUCUCUCACAGGUGCAACAGACACAAAUUUCACAAACAAAAGUUCGACGACAAUUUGUCGAUUGUUUCAAUCGACAUCCAUGUUGUGAAUCAUGGGCUAGCAUGGGUGAAUGUCGCCAAAAUCGUAAUUAUAUGCGACAAUAUUGUCGUGCUGCGUGUCACAUUUGCAAUUCAACGUUUAACACUAGCAAUGAAUGUACUGAUCGUCAUAUUGCAUGUAAUCAAUGGAGUACUAAUGGUCAAUGUCGGGGAGAUUCUGAUCAAUUUAUGCAAGAAAAUUGUCGCCAUGCAUGUCGCUUUUGUGGUACUCCCAAAAAUACUUCAUGUCCAAUUCCAAAAUUGGUUAUUAUUGCCUUUUUUUUUUAA